AUGCUCGCGCCUCGGCUGCUCUUGCUGCUGUCCUGCGCAGGACCGCUGCUUGUCACUGAGGGGGGCCUGUGGGGCCUGGAAGAGGGCCUGUGGGGCCUGGAGGGGGCCCUGCGGGGCCUGCGGGGCCUGGAGGGGGACCUGCGGGGUCUGCAGGGCCUGCGGGGGGCCAGACGGCUGAGCAGUCUGCACACUACCUCCUUCACCAGCCCAGGAUCCCAGGACCCAACGGACUCUCUACAGACAGCCCCUGGCAAGGGCCAGUGCUCCACCUGGGGAACCAGCCACUUCUCCACCUUUGAUGGCCGUGCGUACGAGUUCUCCGGAACAUGCAACUAUGUGCUGGCGGCCACCUGCAGGGAGGCCUCGCCCACCUUCAGUGUCCAGCUGCGGCGAGGGGCGCACGGAAGUGUCUCCCGCAUCAUUGUGGAGCUGGGGGCCACUGCCGUCACAGUGAGCAAGGGCUCCAUCUCUGUCAAGGACGUCGGCGUGGUCAGCCUGCCCUACACCCGCAAUGGACUCCAGAUCACACCGCAUGGCCACAGCGUGCAGCUGGUGGCCAAGCAGCUGGAGCUGGAGCUGGUGGUCACAUGGGGCCCAGACAGCCACCUCAUGGUCCUGGUGGAGAGGAAGUACAUGGGCCAGAUGUGCGGGCUGUGCGGGAACUUCGACGGGAAGGCCAACAACGAGUUUCUGAGUGAGGAUGGCAAACUCCUGGAACCCCACAAGUAUGCCAUACUCCAGAAACUGGAUGACCCCAAUGAGAUCUGCUCCCACGAAGCCAUCCCAAGAGUCUCCAUCCCACAGAACGCACAUGCCAGAAUCUGUGCCCAGCUGCUGGACCUGGUGUCCCCUGAGUGCAACGUGCCCAAGGAGCCACUGUUGCUGAGCUGCCAGGCAGACAUGGCUGAGUGCGACUGGCCAGGCCAGCGGAACUGCAGCUGUGCCACACUGUCCGAGUACUCCCGCCGGUGCCGCAUGGCGGGCCAGCCGGUCAACCGCUGGCGGAGUCCUGGCUUCUGCUCCCUGGGCCAGUGCCCAGCCAACCAGAUAUACCAAGAGUGUGGCACGCCCUGCAUCGGGACCUGCUCCAACCCACAGCACAGCUGCUCCAGCACCUGCACCUCCGGCUGCUUCUGCCCCGACGGUAUGGUGCUGAAUGAUCUCACCACAAGCCACACCUGCGUGCCCAUCAGCCAGUGCCCCUGCACACUCGGAGGGGCGCUCUACCAACCAGGACAGGCCACCAGGGCUGCCUGCCACACCUGCCAGUGUUCCAUGGGGCGCUGGGCAUGCACGGAGAAGCCUUGCCCUGGCCACUGCGCCCUGGAAGGCGGCUCCUUCGUCACCACGUUCGACGCCAGGCCCUACCGCUUCCACGGAACCUGCACCUACAUUCUUCUCCAGAGCCCCUGGCUUCCUGAUGAGGGAACUCUCAUGGCUGUGUACGACAAGUCGGGCUAUUCGCACUCAGAGACCUCCCUGGUGGCCGUCAUCUACCUGUCCAGGAAGGACAAAAUCAUGAUCUCUGAGGAUGAAACCAUCACAAACCAUGGAGACACCAAGUGGUUGCCAUACAAGACUCACAACAUCACCAUCUUCAGACAGACAUCCACCCACCUCCAGAUGGCCACCAGCUUUGGGCUAGAGCUGGUGAUCCAGAUGCAGCCGGUCUUCCAGUUGUACAUCACCGUCAGUCCCCAAUUCAGAGGCCAAACCAGAGGUCUCUGCGGCAACUUCAAUGGGGACACGACAGACGACUUCACCACCAGCGCGGGCCUGGACGAAGGCACUGCCUCUCUCUUUGUGGACUCCUGGCGAGCAGGGAACUGUCCGACCGCCCUGGAGCGCGAGACGGACCCCUGUUCCAUGAGCCAGCUCAACAAGGUGUGUGCGGAGACCCACUGCUCUGUGCUGCUGAGGAAGGGGAGCGUGUUCGAGAAGUGCCACACGGCGGUGAACCCCCAGCCCUUCUAUAAGAGGUGCGUGUACCAGGCUUGCAACUACGAGGAAACCUUUCCGCACAUCUGCGCCGCCCUGGGGGCCUACGCCCAGGCCUGCUCCUCCCGAGGGGCCCUGCUCUGGGGCUGGAGACACAGCGUGGACAACUGCACUGUCUCUUGCUCCGGGAACCGCACCUUCAGCUACAACAGCACGGCAUGUGACCGUACCUGCCUGUCUCUGUCCGACCGCACGGCAGAGUGCCACGCCAGCUCCGUGUCGGUGGACGGCUGUAACUGCCCCGAAGGCACCUACCUGAACCACAAGGCUGAGUGUGUCCGCAAGGCCCAGUGCCCCUGCCUGCUGGACGGCUCCAAGUUUGUCCUGGCUGACCAGUCUACCAUCAUCAAUGGGGCCACCUGCUACUGCACCAACGGACGGCUGAGCUGUCCACGGCAGCAGGAGAUGUUCUUGGCAUCCUGCAUGGCCCCCAAGACCUUCCAGUCCUGCAGCCAGUCCUCAGAGGACAAGUUUGGGGCAGCCUGUGCCCCCACGUGCCAGAUGCUGGCCACGGGCAGCACAUGUGUGCCAACCAAGUGCGAACCCGGCUGCGUCUGUGCCAAGGGUCUCUAUGAGAACCCCCAGGGGCAGUGUGUACCCCCGGAAGAGUGCCCGUGUGAAUACGCAGGGACCUCCUAUCCCGGGGGAGCCGAGCUCCACACGGACUGCAAGACCUGCACCUGCUCACAGGGGAAGUGGACCUGUCAGCAAAAUGCCCACUGCUCGGCCACCUGCGUCCUCUACGGCGAGGGUCACAUGAUCACUUUUGAUGGACAGCGAUUCGUGUUUGAUGGCAACUGCGAGUACAUCCUGACCACAGAUGGCUGUGGUGCCAACAGCUCGCAGCCCACCCUCAAGAUCCUGACAGAGAACGUCAUCUGUGGGAACUCAGGCGUCACCUGCUCUCGGGCCAUCAAGAUCUCCGUGGGCGGCCUGUCCAUCACCAUGGCAGACAGGAAUUUCUCGGUCAGCGGACGGGAGCCCGCCGUGCACUUCCAGGUGAAGCCCAGCAACCUGAACCUCAUUCUGGACCUGGGGGUGCCUGGGAGGUUCAACCUGACCCUCAUCUGGAACAAGCACAUGAGCGUCUCCAUCAAGAUGCAUCGCAUCUCCCAGGACCCGCUCUGCGGCUUGUGUGGCAACUACAACGGAAACAUGAAGGACGACUUUGAGACGCGCACCCAGUACGUGGCGCCCAGCGAGCUGGAGUUUGUGAACUCGUGGAAGGAGAACCCGCUGUGCGGGGACGCCAGCUUCGUGGUGGACCCUUGCAGCAUCAACACCUUCCGCCGCUCCUGGGCAGAACGCAAGUGCAGCAUCAUCAACAGCCAGAGCUUUGCUGCCUGCCACAGCAAGGUGUACCACCUGCCCUACUACGAGGCCUGUGUGCGGGACACGUGCGGGUGUGACACGGGGGGCGACUGCGAGUGUCUGUGCGACGCGGUGGCCGCCUACGCCAAGGCCUGCCUGGACAAGGGCAUGUGCGUGGACUGGAGGACCCCGAGCUUCUGCCCCAUCUACUGCGACUUCUACAACACGCACAAGCACGUCGGCAAUGAGUACCAGUACACACCGACGGCCAACUGCACGUGGCACUACCAGCCCUGCCUGUGCCCCGGCCGUCUGGAGAGCUUCCCGGACACCAACAUCGAAGGCUGCUAUAACUGCUCCCAGGACGAGUACUUCAACCACCAGGAGGGGAUCUGUGUGCCAUGCACGCUGCUGCCCACCACACCACCAACCACCACAGGCCCACGGCCCACGGAGGUCCUGCCCACCACCCCCGGGGUCAGCUCGGGCCCCCCAGCUCUGCCCACAGGCCCCGUGCAGACCGCAAGCCCGGCCACCACACCCUCGGCUCCACCCUCUUCCCCUUCCUCCCCGGAGGGAGGGACAACUGUGACCACACCCAGGAAAUCCACCGUGUCCUCUGGAGACUCAUCACACACCACCAUGGCGGUAUCUGCUCGGUCAACGUCGCCUGUGACCCCGACUGCCACGGCAAGCUCCACAGUCACGGGGCUCACGGUGACCCAGGCCACCUCCGAGCCCACGGCAUCCUCCCCUGGCCCAGCCACCACGUCCACAGCUCAGUACACAGCACGCACCACGGAGAGACCACCAACAUCAGCGGGGCCUGCCGUGUCUCCUAGCCACACCACCACGGCUCAGGAGCAAGGACCAAGCACAGGGACAGGGCACACCAGACCACCGCCGUCCGAUCAGAUCAUCCUCACCACCCAGCAGCACCGCACGGAGCCCACAACACCCCACGCCCAGGACACCACCACCCACGCCUGGUCCACCCUUACCUCCCACAACUCUCAGCCCUCAUCAGUCCUGGCUGCCUCCACCGAGGCCCCCACCACCGAGGCCCCCCAAGGAACGUCGCCACACGCUACCACCACCUCCCAAACACCGUCCGGCCCCCAAAACCCCUUGCCCUCUCUGCUCCCCAGCUCGUCCUCCGCCUCCACUCCCAGUUCACAUGCAGCCACCAUCACAACCAGUCCACACCUGGGCCCUUCAGCCUCUACCACCCAAACCACAGCGGUCCUGCCCAUUACCACAGUGAAGACCACAGGACCCACGCUCACAGCACAGACCCAGGCCUCCGGCACCACCGCCACCACCGGGUCCCACAGCUCACGCACCCCCAAGACCACCUCGGCCCACCUCCUCUCUGAGCCUUCCACACUGCAUCCCGCCACAUCCACGGAGAGCCCCACGACCAGAGCAACAGAGAGGCCACCAGCCAACACCAGCUCUGCCUCACCCAGCACACACUCCCCACCCACCAUGUCUGUCUCCACCACAGCACACUCCACAGGUCCCCCAACAGCAACUCCCCUGCAGACCACCAGCACCCUCUACACCCCUGCCACACCCCAGACCUCUCUGCUGCCAACAUCCUCCUCCUCCUCCACUAAGAUACCAACCUCCCACACCACCACAGGCCCAAGCAGCCCUCACCCACUCUCUACCACUUCUAUCCCGGGGACCACGGGCACCGUACUGCCAACCUCCACCACCCAGAACACAGCCCCAACACAGACCGCCAGCACCACAGCCUACAGCUCACCCAGCACAGACAGAACCUCAUCUUCCCUCACCUCCCACCCUCCCUCCACACCACACAAUCCGACUGCAUCCACAGACACCACGACCACAACCAACCACGCCAACACAGGAAGUACAACGCCAGUGACACGGACCACCACAGCGCACAGCUCACCCAGCACACACUCCCCACCCACCAUGUCUGUCUACAGCACAGCACACUCCACAGGUCCCCCAACAGCAACUCCCCUGCAGACCACCAGCACCCUCUACACCCCAUCCACACCCCAGACCUCUCUGCUGCCAACAUCCUCCUCCUCCUCCUCCACUAAGAUACCAACCUCCCACACCACCACAGGCCCAAGCAGCCCUCACCCACUCUCUACCACUUCUACCUCAGGGACCACGGGCACCAUACUGCCAACCUCCACCACCCAGAACACAGCCCCAACACAGACCGCCAGCACCACAGCCCACAGCUCACCCAGCACAGACAGAACCUCAUCUUCCCUCACCUACCACCCUCCCUCCACACCACACAAUCCGACUGCAUCCACAGACACCACGACCACAACCAACACAGGAAGUACAACGCCAAUGACACGGACCACCUUGGCCACAGCCAGCACAGCGCACAGCUCACCCAGCACACACUCACCACCCACCAUGUCUGUCUACACCACAGUACACUCCACAGGUCCCCCAACAGCAACUCCCCUGCAGACCACCAGCACCCUCUAUACCCCAUCCAUACCCCAGACCUCUCUGGUCCCAACAUCCUCCUCCUCCUCCUCCAGAACACCAAACUCCCAAACCACCACAUCCUCAAGCAGCCCUCACCCACUCCCUACCACUUCUACCUCAGGGACCACGGGCACCAUACUGCCAACCUCCACCACCCAGAACACAGAACCAACACAGACCUCCAGCACCACAGCCUACAGCUCACCCAGCACACACUCACUACCCACCAUGUCUGUCUACACCACAGUACACUCCACAGGUCCCCCAACAGCAACUCCCCUGCAGACCACCAGCACCCUCUACACCCCAUCCAUACCCCUGACCUCUCUGGUCCCAACAUCCUCCUCCUCCUCCUCCAGAACACCAAACUCCCACACCACCACAGCCCCAAGCAGCCCUCACCCACUCUCUACCACUUCUACCUCAGGGACCACAGGCACCAUACUGCCAACCUCCACCACCCAGAAAACAGCCCCAACACAGACCUACAGCACCACAGUCUACAGCUCACCCAGCACAGAUAGAACCUCAUCUUCCCUCACCUCCCAUCCUCCCUCCACACCACACAAUCCGACUGCAUCUGCAGACACCACAACCACAACCAACCAUGCCACCACAGGAAGUACAACGCCAGUGACACGGACCACCUUGGCCACAGCCAGCACAGCGCACAGCUCACCCAGCACACACUCACCACCCACCAUGUCUGUCUACACCACAGCACACUCCACAGGUCCCCCAACAGCAACUCCCCUGCAGACCACCAGCACCCUCUACACCCCUGCCACACCCCAGACGUCUCCGCUCCCAACAUCCUAUUCCUCUUCCUCCUCCACUAAGAUACCAACCUCCCACACCACCACAGGCCCAAGCAGCCCUCACCCACUCUCCACCACUUCUACCCCAGGAACCACGGGCACCAUACUGCCAACCUCCACCACCCAGAACACAGCCCCAACACAGACCUCCAGCACCACAGCCUACAGCUCACCCAGCACAGACAGAACCUCAUCUUCCCUCACCUCCCACCCUCCCUCCACACCACACAAUCCGACUGUAUCCACAGACACCACGACCACAACCAACACAGGAAGUACAACGCCAGUGACACGGACCACCUUGGCCACAGCCAGCACAGCGCACAGCUUACCCAGCACACACUCACCACCCACCAUGUCUGUCUACACCACAGUACACUCCACAGGUCCCCCAACAGCAACUCCCCUGCAGACCACCAGCACCCUCUACACCCCAUCCACACCCCAGACCUCUCUGCUCCCAACAUCCUCCUCCUCCUCCUCCAGAACACCAAACUCCCACACCACCACAUCCUCAAGCAGCCCUCACCCACUCUCUACCACUUCUAUCCCAGGGACCACGGGCACCAUACUGCCAACCUCCACCACCCAGAACACAGCCCCAACACAGACCUCCAGCACCACAGUCUACAGCUCACCCAGCACAGAUAGAACCUCAUCUUCCCUCACCUCCCACCCUCCCUCCACACCACACAAUCCGACUGCAUCUACAGACACCACGACCACAACCAACCACGCCAACACAGAAAGUACAACGCCAGUGACACGGACCACCACAGCGCACAGCUCACCCAGCACACACUCCCCACCCACCAUGUCUGUCUACACCACAGUACACUCCACAGGUCCCCCAACAGCAACUCCCCUGCAGACCACCAGCACCCUCUACACCCCAUCCACACCCCAGACCUCUCUGCUCCCAACAUCCUCCUCCUCCUCCACUAAGAUACCAACCUCCCACACCACCACAUCCUCAAGCAGCCCUCACCCACUCCCUACCACUUCUACCUCAGGGACCACGGGCACCAUACUGCCAACCUCCACCACCCAGAACACAGCCCCAACACAGACCUCCAGCACCACAGCCUACAGCUCACCCAGCACACACCCACCACCCACCAUAUCUGUCUCUACCACAGUACACUCCACAGGUCCCCCAACAGCAACUCCCCUGCAGACCACCAGCACCCCCUACACCCCUGCCACACCCCAGACCUCUCUGCUCCCAACAUCCUCUUCUUCCUCCACUAAGGUACCAACCUCCCACACCACCACAGCCCCAAGCAGCCCUCACCCACUCUCUACCACUUCUAUCCCGGGGACCACGGGCACCGUACUGCCAACCUCCACCACCCAGAACACAGCCCCAACAGAGACCUCCAGCACCACAGCCUACAGCUCACCCAGCACACACUCACCACCCACCAUGUCUGUCUCUACCACAGUACACUCCACAGGUCCCCCAACAGCAACUCCCCUGCAGACCACCAGCACCCUCUACACCCCAUCCAUACCCCUGACCUCUCUGCUCCCAACAUCCUAUUCCUCCUCCUCCAGAACACCAAACUCCCACACCACCACACCCUCAAGCAGCCCUCACCCACUCUCUACCACUUCUACCCCAGGGACCACUGGCACCGUACUGGCAACCUCCACCACCCAGAACACAGCCCCAACACAGACCGCCAGCACCACAGCCUACAGCUCACCCAGCACAGACAGAACCUCAUCUUCCCUCACCUCCCACCCUCCCUCCACACCACACAAUCCGACUGCAUCUGCAGACACCACUACCACAACCAACCAUGCCACCACAGGAAGUACAACGCCAGUGACGCGGACCACCUUGGCCACAGCCAGCACAGCGCACAGCUCACCCAGCACACACUCCCCACCCACCAUGUCUGUCUACACCACAGCACACUCCACAGGUCCCCCAACAGCAACUCCCCUGCAGACCACCAGCACCCUCUACACCCCAUCCACACCCCAGACCUCUCUGCUCCCAACAUCCUCCUCCUCCUCCUCCAGAACACCAAACUCCCACACCACCACAUCCUCAAGCAGCCCUCACCCACUCUCUACCACUUCUAUCCCAGGGACCACGGGCACCAUACUGCCAACCUCCACCACCCAGAACACAGCCCCAACACAGACCUCCAGCACCACAGUCUACAGCUCACCCAGCACAGAUAGAACCUCAUCUUCCCUCACCUCCCACCCUCCCUCCACACCACACAAUCCGACUGCAUCUACAGACACCACGACCACAACCAACCACGCCAACACAGAAAGUACAACGCCAGUGACACGGACCACCACAGCGCACAGCUCACCCAGCACACACUCCCCACCCACCAUAUCUGUCUCUACCACAGUACACUCCACAGGUCCCCCAACAGCAACUCCCCUGCAGACCACCAGCACCCUCUACACCCCAUCCACACCCCAGACCUCUCUGCUCCCAACAUCCUCCUCCGCCUCCACUAAGAUACCAACCUCCCACACCACCACAUCCUCAAGCAGCCCUCACCCACUCCCUACCACUUCUACCUCAGGGACCACGGGCACCAUACUGCCAACCUCCACCACCCAGAACACAGCCCCAACACAGACCUCCAGCACCACAGCCUAUAGCUCACCCAGCACACACCCACCACCCACCAUAUCUGUCUCUACCACAGUACACUCCACAGGUCCCCCAACAGCAACUCCCCUGCAGACCACCAGCACCCCCUACACCCCUGCCACACCCCAGACCUCUCUGCUCCCAACAUCCUCUUCUUCCUCCACUAAGGUACCAACCUCCCACACCACCACAGCCCCAAGCAGCCCUCACCCACUCUCUACCACUUCUAUCCCGGGGACCACGGGCACCGUACUGCCAACCUCCACCACCCAGAACACAGCCCCAACAGAGACCUCCAGCACCACAGCCUACAGCUCACCCAGCACACACUCACCACCCACCAUGUCUGUCUCUACCACAGUACACUCCACAGGUCCCCCAACAGCAACUCCCCUGCAGACCACCAGCACCCUCUACACCCCAUCCAUACCCCUGACCUCUCUGCUCCCAACAUCCUAUUCCUCCUCCUCCAGAACACCAAACUCCCACACCACCACACCCUCAAGCAGCCCUCACCCACUCUCUACCACUUCUACCCCAGGGACCACUGGCACCGUACUGGCAACCUCCACCACCCAGAACACAGCCCCAACACAGACCGCCAGCACCACAGCCUACAGCUCACCCAGCACAGACAGAACCUCAUCUUCCCUCACCUCCCACCCUCCCUCCACACCACACAAUCCGACUGCAUCUGCAGACACCACUACCACAACCAACCAUGCCACCACAGGAAGUACAACGCCAGUGACGCGGACCACCUUGGCCACAGCCAGCACAGCGCACAGCUCACCCAGCACACACUCACCACCCACCAUGUCUGUCUACACCACAGCACACUCCACAGGUCCCCCAACAGCAACUCCCCUGCAGACCACCAGCACCCUCUACACCCCAUCCACACCCCAGACCUCUCUGCUCCCAACAUCCUAUUCCUCUUCCUCCUCCACUAAGAUACCAACCUCCCACACCACCACAGGCCCAAGCAGCCCUCACCCACUCUCCACCACUUCUACCCCAGGAACCACGGGCACCAUACUGCCAACCUCCACCACCCAGAACACAGCCCCAACACAGACCUCCAGCACCACAGCCUACAGCUCACCCAGCACAGACAGAACCUCAUCUUCCCUCACCUCCCACCCUCCCUCCACACCACACAAUCCGACUGUAUCCACAGACACCACGACCACAACCAACACAGGAAGUACAACGCCAGUGACACGGACCACCUUGGCCACAGCCAGCAAAGCGCACAGCUUACCCAGCACACACUCACCACCCACCAUGUCUGUCUACACCACAGUACACUCCACAGGUCCCCCAACAGCAACUCCCCUGCAGACCACCAGCACCCUCUACACCCCAUCCACACCCCAGACCUCUCUGCUCCCAACAUCCUCCUCCUCCUCCUCCAGAACACCAAACUCCCACACCACCACAUCCUCAAGCAGCCCUCACCCACUCUCUACCACUUCUAUCCCAGGGACCACGGGCACCAUACUGCCAACCUCCACCACCCAGAACACAGCCCCAACACAGACCUCCAGCACCACAGUCUACAGCUCACCCAGCACAGAUAGAACCUCAUCUUCCCUCACCUCCCACCCUCCCUCCACACCACACAAUCCGACUGCAUCUACAGACACCACGACCACAACCAACCACGCCAACACAGGAAGUACAACGCCAGUGACACGGACCACCACAGCGCACAGCUCACCCAGCACACACUCCCCACCCACCAUGUCUGUCUACACCACAGCACACUCCACAGGUCCCCCAACAGCAACUCCCCUGCAGACCACCAGCACCCUCUACACCCCAUCCAUACCCCUGACCUCUCUGCUCCCAACAUCCUCCUCCUCCUCCUCCAGAACACCAAACUCCCACACCACCACACCUUCAAGGAGCCCUCACCCACUCUCUACCACUUCUACCCCAGGGACCACUGGCACCAUACUGCCAACCUCCACCACCCAGAACACAGCCCCAACACAGACCGCCAGCACCACAGCCUACAGCUCACCCAGCACAGACAGAACCUCAUCUUCCCUCACCUCCCACCCUCCCUCCACACCACACAAUCCGACUGCAUCUGCAGACACCACUACCACAACCAACCAUGCCACCACAGGAAGUACAACGCCAGUGACGCGGACCACCUUGGCCACAGCCAGCACAGCGCACAGCUCACCCAGCACACACUCCCCACCCACCAUGUCUGUCUACACCACAGUACACUCCACAGGUCCCCGAACAGCAACUCCCCUGCAGACCACCAGCACCCUCUACACCCCAUCCAUACCCCAGAUCUCUCUGCUCCCAACAUCCUAUUCCUCCUCCUCCUCCACUAAGAUACCAACCUCCCACACCACCACAGGCCCAAGCAGCCCUCACCCACUCUCCACCACUUCUACCCCAGGAACCACGGGCACCAUACUGCCAACCUCCACCACCCAGAACACAGCCCCAACACAGACCUCCAGCACCACAGCCUACAGCUCACCCAGCACAGACAGAACCUCAUCUUCCCUCACCUCCCACCCUCCCUCCACACCACACAAUCCGACUGCAUCCACAGACACCACGACCACAACCAACACAGGAAGUACAACGCCAGUGACACGGACCACCUCGGCCACAGCCAGCACAGCGCACAGCUCACCCAGCACACACUCCCCACCCACCAUGUCUGUCUACACCACAGUACACUCCACAGGUCCCCCAACAGCAACUCCCCUGCAGACCACCAGCACCCUCUACACCCCAUCCACACCCCAGACCUCUCUGCUCCCAACAUCCUCCUCCUCCUCCACUAAGAUACCAACCUCCCACACCACCACAUCCUCAAGCAGCCCUCACCCACUCCCUACCACUUCUACCUCAGGGACCACGGGCACCAUACUGCCAACCUCCACCACCCAGAACACAGCCCCAACACAGACCUCCAGCACCACAGCCUACAGCUCACCCAGCACAGACAGAACUUCAUCUUCCCUCACCUCCCACCCUCCCUCCACACCACACAAUCCGACUGCAUCCACAGACACCACGACCACAACCAACCACGCCAACACAGAAAGUACAACGCCAGUGACAAGGACCACCUCGGCCACAGCCAGCACAGCGCACAGCUCACCCAGCACACACUCCCCACCCACCAUGUCUGUCUACACCACAGUACACUCCACAGGUCCCCCAACAGCAACUCCCCUGCAGACCACCAGCACCCUCUACACCCCAUCCACACCCCAGACCUCUCUGCUCCCAACAUCCUCCUCCUCCUCCACUAAGAUACCAACCUCCCACACCACCACAUCCUCAAGCAGCCCUCACCCACUCCCUACCACUUCUACCUCAGGGACCACGGGCACCAUACUGCCAACCUCCACCACCCAGAACACAGCCCCAACACAGACCUCCAGCACUACAGCCUACAGCUCACCCAGCACAGACAGAACCUCAUCUUCCCUCACCUCCCACCCUCCCUCCACACCACACAAUCCGACUGCAUCCACAGACACCACGACCACAACCAACCACGCCAACACAGAAAGUACAAUGCCAGUGACAAGGACCACCUCGGCCACAGCCAGCACAGCGCACAGCUCACCCAGCACACACUCACCACCCACCAUGUCUGUCUACACCACAGCACACUCCACAGGUCCCCCAACAGCAACUCCCCUGCAGACCACCAGCACCCUCUACACCCCAUCCACACCCCAGACCUCUUUGCUGCCAACAUCCUCCUCCUCUUCCUCGUUCUCCUCCGGGGCUCCAAGCUCCCACAGGACUCUCACCCCCAUUGUUUCCCAGGUGGUCUCCAGCACCUCUACGUCAGGGCCCACUGGCACCCUCCUUCCAGCCAGCCCCGUGUCGGGCACAGGGCCGGCACCCACAACUCCACCUCUGACUCCCAGCACGGCGGCUCCCUCCGCGCCCCACAGCUCACUCAGCACAGACAGAACUUCUAUGCCCACCCGGGGCCCGCUGUCUUCUCCUGGCAGCCCUGCGCUCAGCCCUCCACCCUCUUCCCUGACUACUCUGCACCCACUCCCGAGCCUGGCCCCCUCUCCUCCUCCCGCGAGCUUUCCUCCUUCCUCCACGGUUUGGCCCAGGACAUCGCCCUCUCUUCCCACCCCUGCCAUCUCGACCACGCUCCUUGCUUCCUCCACCGCCCCGCCCGCUUCUUCCCCCCCUCCCUCCCUCCCGUCCACUUCUCGGUACACCCCCACCCCCUCCUCCGUGCCCCCUUCCUCUGUUCCCCGGCCCACCACGCUGCCGCCCUCUUCCUCUCCUACAGCAGCCUCUACUGUGCUCAACACCCCGCUCUUGCCUUUGGCCUCUUCUCCUUCCCCCCCUCAGCUGCACCCCUCGCCCACCACGCACGUGCUUCCCGCCUCCACUCCCAGCUUGCUCCCUAGUGACCUCUCUUACCACCCACACCCCCUCCGCGGGCCCCCUGCCGUCCACCUUGUCCACGACGACCUACCCGGGCGCCACAGUCACCAUCCUGACGAGCAGGCCUCCUGGGGCCACCCACCUGCCUACCUCUAUGUUCCCGGCCGCCUCACGCCCUCCCGCUGGAAGCCCUUCCGCGUCUACCCCGCAGCCUCCAGCCCCUACCAGCCCCUGGGGCUCCUCAGCCGUGACCUCUCCACCCAGGCCAUCUGGCCUGUCUGCAUCUCACUGGAGCAUCUGUCCUUCUCCAAAGCAGCCCUCUCUCCGUGCAAGCAGGCCCUUGCAUGGUAUUCCCCGCACCCAUGCCCCGUCGUCUUGGCCUUCCUUCUGGCUGACACCUACAGCGGCCUCCACCCCACCCCCGACUGUAGAGCCACAGAGGACAGCCCCAGAAGGCACCUCCUCCUGGCCUCCUACGGGCAGCACGUGUCCACGCUGAUGCACGUGUGGCAGCUGGUCACUGAGCCAGGGCCCUGUGGCCUGUUGGAGCAGGAGCGGCAGAUCACCUACCAGGGGUGCGAGGUGAAUGUGACCCUGACUCACUGCGAGGGCCUGUGCUCCUCUUCGGUCAGCUUCAACACCGACACGCUGCAGGUGGGCACCCACUGCAGCUGCUGCGACCCGCUCGGCACCUAUGAGCAGCAGGUCCUGCUGCCCUGCCCAGACCCCAGCGCACCAGGCCGGCAGCUCACACUCACCCUACAGCUGUUCAGCGGCUCACAAGCCUUGGCAGUUGGGCAUCAGACUCUGCGGCCAGACCACGGACUCCACGGGACACAAGGACCAGUACACGAGGUUGUCUGUUCUGAAACCAACACAAAGGCUGUGCGCGUGGGGCUGCCAGGGACCCCCGGAGCUGUCACGAGAGGCUGCGGCCUGAGGCUGGCUGAAGGACCUUAUGUGCAGCUGACUGGUGCCCCUGUGAACUAG